AAACCUUUCUAUAAUUUGUUGAAACCUCUUUUCGACCAAGCCAGAGAAUCAAAGUUAGACUCUCUAUAUAACAUUUGACCCAUAUGGUCCCUCAAACACACACACAACUCCUUAUCUCCUUGUAGUUUUUUGUUCUUUUUUCACCAUGGGCAGAAGAAAGGUAACACACCAAUUGAUUUCUGACAACGCCACUCGCCGAGUUACGUUCAGAAAACGCAAACAUGGUCUGUUGAAAAAGCUCAAAGAAUUAACCAUUCUUUGCGGUUUACGCGCUUGCGCCAUCAUCUACAGCGACUACGAGGAAGGUCCUGAGGUCUGGCCAAACCGCAAAGAGGUUCGUGUUCUUCUCAACCGGUUCAGGGCACUCCCGGUGGAGAAGCAGACCAAGUUCAUGAUGGACCAGAAAGAUUUGAUGAACAGAAUGAUCCAAGACGCAAAGAAGAGGUUGGAGAAAGAGCAGAUGCAUAGCCGUGCGAUGGAACUUGGGUUGAUUGCGUCGUCUAAUGACAUACGCGAUGCUGAUUAUUCAGAGGAUCUGGUCAAAGCAGCCGAUGUGGUUGAGAAGAAGAUCAAAGUCAUCAGAGAAAGAAUCAAGGCUGUAGAAUCAGGAGCAACCAUCCUCAUGAUAGAAUAGCCUUUCAAAAACAUUCAACUGUGUUUUAUUUUCAUGGAUUAUCAUGGAUAGGAUUAAUGUGUUGAUUGUAUCUGCUUUAUGAUUUAGUUUAAAGGAUAAAGAGAAUAAUAUUGAUCUCUUUGGCCUUCUUGGUAUCAUCGCUUAGAGCUGGUCAGCAUCAAUGUAUUCAGUUUAUGAGAUUGUUAUUUUUAUGAA